AUGGUCAAGUACUACGACUCCAUCUCGCCUGACUUACAGGAAUGGGCACUACGACAGGAUCUGUUCUUCAUAGCAUCGGCUCCUUUGAAUGGCAAACACGUCAACUGCUCGCCGAAGGGCCAACCAUCUGCGACCUUGACCAUCUUCAACGGCAAUUCUGUGGGAUACCUCGAUGCAACAGGAUCCGGCAUCGAGACGAUCAGCCAUGUCUACGAGAACGGACGAGCGACGAUUAUGUUCUGCAGCUUCGGCAAGUCACCGCGCAUCAUGAGAUGGUUCUGUAAGGGAAGAGUCAUCGAGGUCGAUCAUCCAGAAUACGAGAUGUGGUUAAAGAGGAUGGGGAAAGUGGAGUACCCGUCCAUGAGAGCAAUAAUACUGUUUGAUGUGUUCCAAGCACAAACGUCGUGCGGCUUUGCGGUACCCCUCCUCUCACAACGGGUCGACCCAGCACGACCUGACGAUGGCAUACGGGGCUGGUUCGAAGAACGGAAGACACUCGAAAACUUCGCGAAGAAAGGCAUACCGUAUCCAAAAGAGAUGGCCGAAUACCGCGUGAAGAUGAACUCGAAGAGUUUAGAUGGCCUGCCCGGCCUGCGUCUAGCGCUGAAGAACAGCGGCAAGAGCGUACUGUCCGAGCAGAGCAGGGCACGGUUGAGCACCAUUCUACGACAACGGGAGGCCAUGCUGCUGGGCGCCCUGUUGGCAUUGAUCGCAGUAAUGCUGUUGCAGUUCAGCGCGAAGCUUCUGCGCAGAUAUAUGCCCGCAGAGCUCCAGGCAGGUUAG